GCCGCGUUGACUGUUUCGCCUUAUUGCCUUAUUGCGGUUUCCUUAUUUUUCACUUUUCCACUUGCUGCGCGCACUGAAUUCAAUUUAAAUUAGUUUACAUUGUGCCUUUGUACGCCUUUUGCCCGUCCAGUGUGAUAAUAACAGAAAAAAAGCCGACCGAAGUGCCAAAGAAGUGCAGUGGAAUCGGAUGUGUGGACAGGAAUUUUAACCGUUGCAACUGAAGUAGAAGAAACGAUCUCAAAGCGAUGAGAACGAACCGCAUUUAAAAAUAAAAACGGAAAAAAUCAGAAUCAGAAUUUAAAAAUAGCCGAGUGCAUGGAAAAUUAUGAGCUAUCUAAUAAAGACGGUCAAAUAAAAUAGUAUUCUGAGAUUUUUCGAAUUUCUGCUGGUUUUUUGAGCAGACUUUUCUGCUGAUCGUCUAGGCCCAACCCAUCCGCAUCCACAUUUGUAUCUAUAUCCACACCCACCGAUACAAUGGGUCGUUGGGGCCGGCAGAGUCCGGUGAUGGAGCCGCCGGACCCGCAGAUGCAGAAUACGCCCACACCGCCCACUCUGCCGCCAAGGACCUUUAUGCGGCAGUCGAGCAUCACGAAGAUCGGAAACAUGCUGAAUACGGCCAUCAACAUAAACGGAGCUAAGAAACCACAAAGUAAUGGAGAGGCGUCCUGGUGCUUCUCACAGAUUAAAGGCGCCCUAGACGAUGAUGUCACGGAUGCGGACAUCAUAUCCUGCGUGGAAUUUAAUCACGAUGGCGAGCUGCUGGCCACUGGUGACAAGGGCGGUCGCGUCGUCAUCUUUCAGCGUGAUCCUGCCUCAAAAGCCGCCAAUCCGCGACGCGGCGAAUACAAUGUCUAUUCGACAUUCCAAUCGCACGAGCCCGAGUUCGACUACCUCAAGUCGCUGGAGAUUGAGGAGAAGAUCAACAAGAUUCGGUGGCUGCAACAGAAGAAUCCCGUGCACUUUCUGCUCUCGACCAACGACAAGACGGUCAAGUUGUGGAAGGUCAGUGAGCGCGACAAGUCGUUCGAGGGCUACAACACGAAGGAGGAGAACGGCCUGAUCCGGGAUCCACAGAAUGUGACGGCAUUGCGUGUGCCCUCCGUUAAGCAGAUACCGCUUCUGGUGGAGGCAUCGCCGCGUCGCACCUUCGCCAAUGCACACACCUAUCACAUCAAUUCAAUUAGCGUUAAUUCGGACCAGGAGACCUUCUUGUCAGCCGACGACCUGCGCAUCAACCUCUGGCACCUGGAGGUGGUCAACCAGAGUUACAACAUCGUCGACAUCAAGCCAACCAACAUGGAGGAGCUAACGGAGGUGAUCACGGCGGCCGAAUUCCAUCCGACCGAGUGCAAUGUGUUUGUGUACUCGAGCUCCAAGGGCACAAUACGAUUAUGUGAUAUGCGAUCGGCGGCGCUAUGCGACCGGCACAGCAAACAGUUCGAGGAGCCCGAGAAUCCAACGAAUCGCAGCUUCUUCAGCGAAAUAAUCAGCUCCAUCAGCGAUGUGAAGCUGAGCAACUCGGGUCGCUACAUGAUCUCCAGGGAUUACUUGAGCAUCAAGGUGUGGGAUCUGCACAUGGAAACGAAGCCCAUUGAGACCUAUCCGGUCCAUGAAUACCUGCGCGCCAAGCUGUGCUCGCUGUACGAGAACGACUGCAUCUUCGACAAGUUUGAGUGCUGUUGGAACGGCAAGGACAGCUCGAUAAUGACCGGAAGCUACAACAACUUCUUCCGCGUGUUCGAUCGCAACUCGAAAAAGGAUGUCACGCUGGAGGCCUCGCGGGACAUUAUCAAGCCGAAGACGGUGCUCAAGCCACGGAAAGUUUGCACUGGCGGCAAACGGAAGAAGGAUGAGAUCAGCGUAGACUGUCUCGACUUCAACAAGAAGAUUCUGCACACCGCCUGGCACCCAGAAGAAAAUAUUAUAGCCGUGGCUGCGACUAACAACCUAUUCAUAUUUCAGGAUAAAUUUUAGCCAACACUCUUCACAAGAACCACACCAUACGCCACAAUCACACCAGCAACUAUAACUACACAAGAAACACCAACAACUACGAACACGCCUCAUUCUAAUGUUAAAUCUUUCAGUUUGUUUCAAAAGCGUUUUCAAAUUUCACUUGCAAUUAAAUUGUUCGCCUAACACCAUUACCUCGCCCUCUUCCCUUCCUGCCCCCCAAAAACAACCUUACAUCAUACAUAAUGCCAUAGCAAAAGCUUUGUAAUGUAUUUUUGCGCUAACUGCGUAUAACGAGAAAAGGAAAACCAGAAACUUAAGAGAAGGAAACAAAUUUUUAUACAUAACAUUUAUAAAUAGUGAAGCGUAAAUUUGAUUUCUUGUAGCGCAAUUCAAAAGAAACCCACAAUAAGAGUACUAUUUAAUGAUAGCUAUUGAUUUUCCCCGAACAUUUUUGUAUAAUUAGCGCAAGCGCCGAAGUAUUUGUAAUAAAAGAUAAUAAUAUACAACAUUAAAAAAAAAA